AUGGCUCCAGUUCGUUACACUCAAGGCCCAAGAGGUCUCUAUGCCGGAAGCAAGCUCGAAACCACUGCCAAAGGUUGGGUUGUUGUUGCUCCAGAAUCUGCCUCCAAGGUUAACAAGGAAGUUCACGCUUACUUACCAACCUGGAACAAGGAUGAACAUUAUGAACCAUACAAGUUUCAUGAAUACCAUGACCCAGCCCUCAGAGCUGACCCAAGCUUCCCAAACUUGUUGGCUAAUGCUGAAACCAAGAACAUUUCUCCAAAGUUAGGUACCGAAAUUAAAGGUGUUCAAUUAUCUCAAUUGAGUGAUGCUGGUAGAGAUGAAUUGGCUUUGCUUGUCCACCAAAGAGGUGUUCUUGUCUUUAGAGACCAAGACUUUGUCUCCAAAGGUCCACAACACUUUGUUGAUUAUGUCAAGUACUUUGGUAACCCACACAUCCACCCAACUUCUGGUCGUCCACAAGAAAUCGCCAACAUCCAUGUUGUCUUAUCCGGUGACACCAAGGAAGAUCCAUACAAUGCUAGAACUAACUUAGUUGGAUUUCACUCUGAUGUUUCUUACGAAUUACAACCACCAGGUAUUUCAUUCCUUACUGUUACCAACCUUCCAGCUGGUGGUGGUGGUGACACUGUUUUCAUUGACAGUGCUGAAGCUUAUAACCGUUUAUCUCCAAUUUUCAGAGAAAAGUUGGAAGGUUUAAAGGCUAUUCACAGUGCAGUUAACCAAGCCAACGGUGCUCUUUCCAAGGGUAGUGUUGUUAGAAGACACCCAGUUGAAAAUGCUCACCCAAUUGUUAGAACCACCCCAUUAGGUAAGAAGGUUUUGUUUGUCAACAGAGGUUUCACUAGAAGAAUCGAAGGGUUAAAGGUUGAAGAAUCCGAUGCUAUCCUUGAUUUCUUAUUUGACCACGUUGCCAAGGCCCAUGAUCUCCAAAUCAGAGCUAACUGGGAAAAGAACACUGUUGUUGUUUUCGAUAACAGAAUCGUUAACCACUCUGCUAUUGUUGACUUUGACACUACUGAAUCUAGAUUGAUUGCUAGAGCUUCUGCUCAAGCCGAACGUCCAAUUGGUGAUCUCAAGGACUUGAACAAGCCUGCCGAAAGUCACCUUUUCGAAGGUCCUGAAUAUUUAGGUAACAAAUUAGAAGAUUUGAAAUUGGCUUAAUUGUUACUCUGUAGUUGGAUAUUACAGAUUUUAGUUAUUCAGAAUAUAUGUUUAGUUUCAAAAAAAAAAAG